AUGUAUCUGGCAGUGAGAAGUGGACUAGUGCUUUCUGUGGCCUUGUGUGGUGCUUUAUGUGACCAACAGUACCUUGAGAGCUAUGUCAAGUUGCCGCGAAUUUACGAGUAUGAUGAUUUCUACACGUGUCGCCAAAGACAUACCAAUUUCGUUUACUGUGUCAGUGUCAGUACCCUACAGGCAGAUACGUCCAAUGAGCUGUGGCAAAACAUUUCUCGGUUGCUGUCCAAUCGAAGAAAUUUUCGACACGAUCAGCUUGAAAGGGGGUUGUGUUUGAGCAAUUAUUACGCCGGUGCCGCACAUGAUCUUCAACAUACGGCAAAGCUGGUUGAUACUUAUCUAAACCAUAAAAUCUACGAUCAAUAUGGUCUUCAAAGUCAUACAACUACGGAAUCAUGUUGGACAAGAGCAAAUUUCGAACAGCGGAGAACGUUUGGUGACUACAUUUUCGGUUGUCUCACACUCAUCUUAUUGCUCACAGCGCUUUGCGCUACCUGGAGUGAUUUCAACGAUCGUUCCGAUGACUUAUUCGUGGAGGCGUUUUCCAUACGAAGAAAUAUCCAACGAUUGUUAAAAGCGCCAAAGCCCAAUGCACUACCGUUCCUCGAAGGACUUCGUGCGCUUGGGACGCUUACUAUACUGAUAGUGCACUCACAGCUACCGAUGAUUCGUAUGCCUGUGUGGAACACAGAAGAUUUGGAAGCGCAAGCCAAUCAUUUUAUUUUCCCGCUAGUCAAUUCCGGAAAUACUCAUAUGAUACAGUUUUUCUUUACGUUGGGUGGAAUGGUGUUUGGAAUAAGCUGUCUGAGACACUUUGAACGGUCACCAUCGUUCAGUUUCAUGUACUUUUUGGACAAGCUAUUACGCCGUUUAGUCAGAUUACUGCCAGCAUAUGCCUUCAUUAUCAUAUACCAAGCGACAUGGUACAAACGCGUCAAACAAGGACCGCUGGAAUACAAGUUUAACGAUUUCUGCCUAGAAAAUUGGUGGACUAACAUGCUUUUUGUGAACAACUACAUUCAUACCACUCAACCUUGCCUUCAGUUUAGUUGGUAUUUGGGUGCCGAUUUUCAACUGUUCCUAAUCGGUUCGGCAUUGCUCUUGCUGGUUUGGAAGUUUCCCUCAAUAAAAAGGUGGUUGGUGCGUUUUAUGAUUGCGGUGGCACUUUUCUUGCCGGCAUACAUCAUCUACACUGCUUCAACCGCAGCUACGAUGACUUUCGACAUGAGGCAUGCAUUAGCGGAACUACGUACCUAUGAUCAUUUUUUAAAGUAUUACCUUCCAUCACACACGAAUUUAAGUGGUUAUUUCUUCGGCAUAAUUGCCGCUAUGUACUAUAGGAGUGUGCUAGCAAGUGGUUCGCAAGCUCAAUCUCUACCGGUACUGCAAAAGUGGUUGAGCAUAUCCUUCGUGGCACUGUUUGGGUUGAAUGCUUUCACCACGCUACUUCCAUUCUUGAACGUAGAUAAACAAAAUUCCAUCUUCCACGCGAUCUACGGUAGUCUGCUGAAAUCUUCAUGGGGCUGUAGCUAUAGCCUUUUGUUUUUAGUUUUCGCACUGAAAGGUAAAUCACGUGUUUUGGACGUGUUGUCGCAUGGUGUGUUGCAGUUUUUCGCCAAAAUAAGCUAUUGCGUGUACGUAGUGCAAUACUCUGUAAUAUAUGGAUUGUAUACAAACUUUCCGAUUCCUAUAGUUUACGGAGGAUUCAAUCUGAUUCUAAUAACGUCAGCAUCCUUGUUGAUAACAGUCACUUGUGCGCUGCUCCUUUAUCUUGCUCUAGAAGCUCCUGUCGCACUGAUAGGUAACAAAUGGAUAGCAAUAAAAUCGAAGCUAAACAUCGAAAACUUCUAUAAAUGUGUGAUCGGACAACACUUGAUCACAUCGGUGGUAUAUGAGCAUUAUCAGUAG